AUGGCUAGUCACUUAGAGAAAGUGAUCUCUACGAUGUAUUCAGAAGAAACCUCAAGGAGAUCUUCUUUUGCUUCUAAGAGACAUCUCGAACAAUGUGAAGAACAAAGGAAAAGAUCGAGACAGAGUAGUUUCCGUGACCAGAACGUAAGCAUCCCUCAAGGUUGGUUAGAUUGUCCAAGUUAUGGUCAAGAAAUAGGAUUCAUCGUUCCUUCAAAAGUCCCUCUCAGUGAAUCUUACAACAACUGUGUUCCUCGGGACAAAACAUACACUUUGAAGCAGUUGUUAACUAAUGGAAGGAAGAAUCUUGGUCUAGUGAUUGAUCUCACCAACACAACCCGUUACUACCAUCCUCAAACCGAGUUAAUACAGAACGGUGUCGAGUAUGUUAAGAUUCGUUGCAGCGGUCGUGACGCUGUGCCUGAUAAUGUGUCUGUGAACACAUUCGUCAACGAGAUUGAUCAGUUCAAGGAACAUAGCUCCUCUACAGGGAAAUAUGUUCUUGUCCAUUGUACUCAUGGGCAUAAUCGUACAGGGUUUAUGAUUGUUCAUUACCUUAUGCGGUCUAGACCAAUGAUGAGUGUUACACAAGCUUUGAAAACGUUUUCUGAUGCUCGUCCUCCUGGGAUCUAUAAACAAGAUUAUAUUGAUGCUCUAUACAGUUUCUAUCAUGAAGUUAAGCCUGGGAGUGUUAUAUGCCCACCAACUCCUGAAUGGAAGAGGUUUGACGAAGUUAAAGACGACGACGAUGAUGCUUUACCUUACCGUGCAGUUCAAGGAAAAAAUCAGGAGGAGAAUGUGAUGAAGUUGUGUAAUGAUGACAUUUUAGGGGAUGAUAUAUCUUAUAAUCAAGAGGUUGCUUACCAAAAAUUAUUCAAUGAAAUGCUGAAACCGGAAAGUUUUAUGCAGUUCCCUGGCUCGCACCCUGUAUCGUUAGGUAGGAAGGCGUUACAACUCUUGAGGCAGCGGUACUAUUACGCGACUUGGAAGGCAGAUGGAACGCGGUACAUGAUGCUUUUGACUAGAGGUGGAUGUUAUUUAGUAAACGGAGAUUUCAGAUUUAGAAGGGUACAAAUGCGGUUCCCUUGUAGGCAUGACAAAAGUGAUUAUAAAGUGCAUCAUAACACAUUGCUUGAUGGAGAGAUGGUUGUAGAUGCAUUUAAGGAUCGAUCAGGAAGGGAGUACCAGGUGAGGAGGUACCUAGUGUAUGAUUUGGUAGCGAUCAAUGGUGAAUCAGUAGCAGAGCGGCCUUUUAGUGAAAGGUGGAAUAUGCUUGAAAGAGAGGUGAUCAAACCGCGUAACGAUGAGAAGAAGAUCGCGAAUCAUUGGUAUAGAUAUGAGAUGGAGCCUUUUGGCGUACGUAUCAAGGCUUUUUGUUUACUCUCUGCUGUGGAGAAGAAGGUUUUCAACAAGUUGAUUCCAUCGCUUUCGCAUAAAUCAGACGGUCUAAUAUUUCAAGGGUGGGAUGAUCCUUAUGUUUUCGGAACGGACCAUUGUCUACUGAAAUGGAAGUUUGAGGAAACCCUUGAUUUUCUGUUUAACAUGGACAAGUAUGGUCGUAAAAUGCUCUUCCUGCGAGAACGUGGGCGGAUGAAGCUUAUGCAAGGUUAUCUGAUUGAAUUUAGAGGUGAUGGUUGGGAGAAUAAUCCGGCCAGCUACUGUGGGAAGAUAAUAGAGUGUUCAUGGGAUAAAGUGAAGAAAGUAUGGGUUAGUCUGAGGAUCAGAGUUGAUAAAUCUACACCCAACAGUAUGAAAACUGCUCUUAGUGUGAUAGAGGUCAUUAACGAUGACAUAACAAAGGAAGUUUUGCUGAAGGAGAUCAACAAGAUUAUCUGUCUUCCAAUGUACGGUGAUCGCAUUCGAAAGGAUACAAAAGAAGCUGAACAACGUAAGCUUGAAAACCGUAAAGGCUAAGGAGUGGUCGGAG